CCCGCCUAUUUUUAAAAAACAAUUAUCUUAAUAAAAUCCCUUAACCACAGUGCUAGCCUUAUGCCUAACCUAAAUUAAGACCAAUAAGUAAGUUUUGUUGUAAUACAUCUUUAUGAUAUUGCCAAUUGUUACUUCGUGGCUAUAGUAACUAGCUAGUGGGAAAUGCUUUACAUCGAUACGGUUACCCUAUCACAUAUUCUAUGCGGUAACGUUAGUUGACUUCAGUGGUUUCCUUGCAGAAUCCUGAUAUUUGUGAGUGAUCAUGGCUGCUACUACUUCAGCCGCGGUUACAGAAUCUCCUGGGCUAGAGACUCAACGCAAAGAAAUCGAGUCUCUGCUUCAGGAACAUGAACUCUGUGCAGGGGAUACUUGGUACCUGGUGGAAAGGCGAUGGUAUGAGCAGUGGAAGGAGUAUGUGGUGACAGGAGACCAGAACUCCUCAUCUUUCCCUGGACAGAUCGACAACACAGAGCUUUUUGAGGAACUGGAUUCCUACCAUCUGAAGGAGCGUCUGGUGGAGAAUGAGGACUUUGUGUUGAUCCCUGCCGAAGCAUGGCGCAAUCUGCUGGCCUGGUAUGGCAUGGUAGAUGAUCAGCCUGCCCUGGAGCGGAAGGUGGUGGAUCUACCCAGCACAGUCAAGGUUGAGGUCUAUCCUGUGGAAAUCUUCCUGUGUCUCCAUAGCAACAUGGAAAAUGUUGUGACCGCACAGUUUAGCCGUGCAGAUCACAUCCAUACGAUUCAGAAGGUGAUGAUGAAGCAGUUUGAUGUGGUCGAGGGAGCAGAGACCCGGCUGUGGAUGAAGAGCUCAGACACCUGCUGUGAGAGGCUGCGGAACGUUCACGUCAAUGUCCUCGACUCCAGCUUAAGCUCUGGCAUGACGGUGAUCAUGGAGAUGAGGAAUGAAGAUGGUACCUGGCCCAGCUCCAGACCGCAGAUCAUUAGGAACUCUGUGGAGGAGCAGGAAUCAUACCGAGGCCAGCCAGGAGUCUGUGGCCUCACCAAUCUAGGAAACACAUGUUUCAUGAACUCUGCCCUGCAGUGUCUCAGUAACACCCCUCCACUGACUGAGUACUUCCUGCAGAGUGCCUAUCUGGAGGAGCUCAACUUCACCAACCCUCUGGGCAUGAAGGGGGAGAUAGCAGAGGCCUACGCUGAUGUCAUCAAACAGAUGUGGUCAGGGAGGCACUACUCUGUAGUUCCCCGGCUCUUCAAGACCAAGGUUGGCCACUUUGCCUCUCAGUUUCUUGGCUACCAGCAGCAUGACUCCCAGGAGCUGCUCUCCUUCCUGCUGGAUGGGCUUCAUGAGGAUCUCAACCGGGUCAAGAACAAGGAGUACAUUGAGCUGAGGGAUGCCGAUGGUAGGCCUGACCAGGAAGUGGCAGAGGAAGCGUGGCAUAACCACCGGCGACGUAACAACUCUGUGAUUGUUGACACCUUCCACGGGUUGUUCAAGUCCACCCUGGUUUGCCCCGAGUGCCGCAAAGUGUCGGUCACCUUUGACCCCUUCUGCUACCUCAGUGUGCCCCUGCCUGUUAGCAAGGACCGGGUGAUGGAGGUCUUCUUCGUUUCUCUGGAUCCUGUGGCCAAACCUGUUCAGCAUCGCUUGGUUGUACCCAAAGCUGGAAAAGUGUUUGAUCUGUGCUCCGCUCUCUCGGAAAUGACCAACGUCUCCGUUAAUCAAAUGGUUGUGGCUGAUGUGUUCAACCACCGCUUCUAUAAGAUCUACCAUGCUGAUGAGUCUCUAAGCUGCAUCCUGGACCGGGACGACAUAUUUGUGUAUGAGCUGAGCAGUGGCUCUGUGGAGGGGGAUGAGGUGGUGCUGGCUCUGUACCUGAGGGAGCGUUCUCAUUACAGGGACUCCGGCUCAGGGAGUAGCAGCUGCGGUACGUCCCUGUUCGGACACCCACUGCUCAUGGCUGUGCCUCGAGUCCAGUGCAGCCGCAACGCCCUCUAUCACCUCUUCCUGCAGCGGCUAGCGUGAGUUACUGACGCAGGCCAAAC